AUGGUGCCUAAUAAAAUAAAUGCCGAUUUACAAAAAGAAAGGGAUUCUUGUAGUUUUAAUGUCACCGAAUUAACAAACUUAAUUGAUGGAGGCAUUGAGAAAACUGCCGAAAGAAAGAAAAGAGAGGAAAUGGCUCUUAAAGAAGGUAUACACAUAGACGAGGUUCCAUCUGUGUAUUUGAGUCACAAAGAGAAAUAUGAGUUAGCAAUCAAAAAAGCCUGCCUAUUGUUUAAAAUGAUCAGACGUCUUCAGGAGGAGGAAAAUGCUGGCAUGGAAAAUUAUAUGGCAGUGCUUGGUGGUAAUUUAGGGUCGGCAAUUCUAGGGGAUGGAUCCCCUCUCACCCUCCACUAUGUGAUGUUCAUACCCACAUUGAUGGGACAGGGUACAGUUGAACAGCAAGCCCAUUGGAUCGGCAGAGCUUUCAAUCUUGAUAUCAUCGGCACAUAUGCUCAGACUGAGUUGGGUCAUGGUACUUUCGUACGCGGUCUUGAGACUACAGCUACUUAUGAUCCUUCUACCAAGGAGUUCAUUCUACACAGCCCUACUCUCACCGCAUACAAGUGGUGGCCGGGUGGAUUGGCCCACACAGCAAACUACUGCAUAGUAAUGGCCCAACUGCACACCAAAGGCAAAUGCCACGGCAUGCACGCCUUCAUAGUGCAAUUGCGUGACGAAGAAACACACAUGCCUUUACCGGGAAUUAAAGUUGGUGAGAUUGGUGCCAAGCUUGGUAUGAACGGCACCAAUAAUGGAUUCCUCGGCUUCGACCAAGUCAGAAUACCAAGAGAUUAUAUGCUUAUGAAGAACGCUAAAGUAUUAGAGGACGGUACAUACGUGACUGCACCAAGCUCUAAGCUCGCGUACGGAACCAUGAUGUUCGUUCGUGUGAUGUUGGUCAACGACAUGUGUAACUACAUGGCUAAAGCGGUUACCAUAGCAACCAGAUACAGCGCCGUGAGACGACAGUCGCAGCCUAAACCCAAUGAACCGGAGCCCCAAAUCUUGGAUUACGUGACGCAGCAGCACAAGUUGAUGAUAGGUAUAGCGUCAGUCCACGCGUUCAGAACAUGCGCUGACUGGCUGUGGCAGAUGUAUAACAAUGUUACCGCCGAACUAGAAGCUGGGGAUAUGGAGAGAUUGCCAGAGUUGCACGCGUUAUCAUGCUGUUUGAAAGCCGUGAGUACAUCGGACGCUGCUCAGUGCGUGGAGCGCUGCCGCCUGUCGUGCGGCGGUCACGGGUACAUGCUGUCGUCCAACCUGCCGCUCACCUACGGCCUGGUGACGGCCGCCUGCACCUACGAGGGAGAGAACACCGUCAUGUUACUACAGACGGCCAGAUACCUAGUGAAAGCGUGGCAGCAGGCCGCCGGUGGUCAAACUUUACCACCGACUGUAAGUUACCUACGCGAGGUGGUCGCUGGUCGCAGAUCUCCGCCAUUCGACAACACCAUAGAAGGAAUCGUCGCUGGUUUCUAUCGAGUCGCGGCCGGUAAAAUCGGUGCUUGUGUGGCGCAAAUAGAGAAACGUCAGAAAACAGGCAUGUGUUAUGAGGACGCCUGGAAUAUGACGUCCGUACAACUGACUUCGGCAUCGGAGGCUCACUGUCGUGCUAUUAUCUUGUCGACGUACUACAAGGAGAUCGAGCGUCAAAGCAACUUAGUGUCCCCCGAACUAGCUACAGUACUGCGACAGUUGGUGGAUUUGUAUGUAGUGUAUUGGGCUCUACAGUGUAUUGGAGACCUACUCAGGUUCACAUCGAUCUCUGAGCGUGAUAUCGACCAGCUUCAAGGCUGGUACGAAGAUCUCCUCACAAGGCUGAGGCCCAACGCUGUGGGUUUAGUGGACGCCUUCGACAUUAGGGACGAGAUCCUCAACUCUGCGUUGGGUGCAUACGAUGGUAACGCUUACGAACGUCUAAUGGCAGAAGCUAUGAAGAGCCCUCUCAACAAGGAGCCUGUCAAUCAAAGCUUCCAUCAGUACUUGAAGCCAUUGAUGCAGGGCAAGCUAUAA